AUGUUCCAACACCCUUAUCCAACAGAAGAUGAGAAAAGACAUAUAGCAGGCCAAACAAAUUUAACAUUAUUGCAAGUAAAUAAUUGGUUUAUCAAUGCAAGACGACGUAUUCUACAACCAAUGCUAGAUUCUUCGAAUUUUGUACCACAUGGAAAUAAUUGUAAUAAUGUAGAUGGAUCAUCAGAUAGACUGUCCAAUUCCAUGGGUUGUAAUGAAUCACAUGUUAUUAGUAAGAAGAAAAAAGCUGCAACAAGCAGACCUUCAAACAAUCGAUUUUGGCCAGCUAGUUUGGUUGCUGCAGCCGCCAUACAUCCUGCAGCAGCUGGUUUAGUGUCUUCUGGAAGCAACAAUUUUACUGCUGCAGUCAAUUCGGGCAUUAAUAUUACAAAUAGUGGUCACAGCGUCAAUGCAAACCCAAAUACAACACGAACUGACUGUCGGAUAUCAGAUGGAAGACCUAAUUCUUUAGACGAAGUAAUCAGUGACACGUCAAUAAGUUCAACGCCGAAGCAACAAGCCGAAUGUGCUUACACUCCACAAACAUAUGACUCAUCAUCUGUCACACUACCUCAAAGUCCUGGACAUAAUCAAAAUUUUGAUUGCAAGCUUUCAUCUGAUUUGUGGAAUCUAGAUGCACGAAUGGAUUUACUAAAUUCACAGAAAUUUUAUUUCAAUCUUCAAUCUGGUGUAUCUUCGACAAAAGUUCGGUCAAAUAUAAAUGACAAUACUAGGGAAAUGUGCAACAAUAAAGUCCUUCAAAAUGGAACUAAUUCAUCAAGUUUGUCAAAUCAUAACCCUUCAUUUCCAUCAAACCCAAGUCAUUGUUUGAAUCCAUUCAGUUCCACCCCUACAGCGAGCACAGAUUUAACACAAAUAAUACCAGGAAAAUAUGAUUCAGUACAUGAAAAUUUAUCAACAAAACAAUCGGAUGAAACAAUUAUUAAACGUUUAACUCCAUUACUAAUGUCAUCAAUAUCAUCGUCGUCAUCAUCAUCAACAUGUUCUACCUCGAAAGAUAUUGAUCACUGUGUAGAUGGUGUUCAACAAAAGCAAAAUAAUAAUAAUAAUAAUAAUAAUAGAAAUGGGAUAAUAGAUAAGAAUUAUGUCAUUAAUAAAUCAAUCAAUAAUAAAACGUCAGCAGAUAAUCAUUUAUUCAGAAAUGAAAUAAAUCAUAAUAAUAAUGAUUUAAUUAAUGUAAAAUCUGAACGUAAUUUCCAUGAAUUUAAUCCUGUUCUACAAAAUUUACCAAUCGAAUCUAAUAAUGGUAAAAUGAAUCUAUUAGCCAAUAGAUUAUUAGAGUCUGAUUUAAUCAGCAGUAAUAAUAAUAAUAAUAGUACUAGUAGUAGUAAUGGUAAUAAUGAUAAUACUAACAAUAGUGUGAAUAAUGAUAGAGAUCAUUUAAACACAUUAAAUAAUAAUGAUUCUUAUGGAAUACAAUCACAAAAUGAUGCAACAGUUCCUAUGAUGAUGAUGAAUUCAUCGUCAAAUUAUCCGCCGAAUUAUUCAUCAAUGCUAUUAUCACAUGCACAAAAUUAUUCGAAUUAUUUAUCUAAUAAUAUAAGCAAUUCAAAUAAUUUAUUAUCAUUUGAUGUACAUUCGAACAAUCUGAGGUACAGUCAUACUAACAAAGAUAAUAAUAAUGAUAAUAAUAAUAAUAAUCUGAAUCAAUUAAAUUAUACAUCUCAUUCAUAUCCUAAUAUUAUUACUAAUCCAACUGGAAGACCAAAUUCCGGAUUUAAUCGUUCAAUGGAUUUUUCUACAUCAGAUGUAAAUGAUACUCCUGUUACAUCAUUUUCAACGAUUCCAUUACAUCAUCAACAGCAACAUGAUAGUUUGUCUCCAUCUAUACAACAGAAAACAGAAUUACCAUGUUACCUAACUGAUCAAUGGUCAAAUAUUACCCCUAUAUCAACUAAUCAAUUUACACAUAAUUUAAAUACUAUAAAUCAGUAUACUACAUUUCCUUCAAGUUGGACAAAUAAAUUAAAAAACUUUAAUUCUUCUAUAUUACAAAUGGAUAAUGGAAAUAUUGAUUCAUUGUCUGGUUCAUCAGAUGAAGAUAUUCAACAUCAUCGACAUUCUCAUCGGCAUUUGGCAUCAGAAAAUGAACAGUUUAUGCAUUGUUUACGAGGUUCUGCCUUGUUAAAUCGUAAUGAAGAAACAAAUACUGAUCAGUCAUCAAUUUUACAUAGUGCUAAUCAUCAAUUAAUUUAUAAUCUUCCCAAUGAUAUGAACAAUCUGAAUUAUACACAUACAGAGUUAGGCAUACAAGAAUCAUUGAAUUCUAAAUCAAUUUAUCCAGUCCAAUAUGAUCAACAUCAUCAGCAUCAUCAUCAUCAUUCACAAUAUGACAUUACAAUCCCAACUGGUAAUGUCGGUGAUACAUGCGCAGAAAAUGAUGAUGACGGUUGUGAUAAUAAUAAUAAUAAUAAUAGUAACGACAACAAUAAAAGCAGUUUAUCAUUUUUUAAAUCACCAUCAACAGGUUUACUGACGAAAUCUACUUCUAUAUUUCAAUAUCAUAAUUCAUAAACAGUCAUUUACUCUUCGUGUUUUACUCCACAAGUUUUUAUUUUAUUUUCUCUUUCUUUACUUCCCUUCCCUCUUUGUGUUUGUACAUAAGUAAAAAUUUGAUAUUUCAUGAGGCAGAAAUCAUUAAAUAUAUAUACAUAAAUAUGAACAAAUAUGUAACUUUUAUUAAGAAUGAUAAUCCAUUGAAUAACAACAGUUACUAUGACCACUACUUACUGCUCUUUUUCUUUCAAAUGAAAA